GGGCGCGCGCGCGGCGCCGAGGCGACCACCUACCUGGGGCGGCGCGUGCGCGCGUGGCGCGGCCUGCCCUACGCCGCGCCGCCCGUGGGCGCCCUGCGCUUCCGCCCGCCCGCGCCGCCGCCCAGCUGGAACGGCACGCGCGACGCCGCCGCCGAGGGGGCCGCCUGCCCGCAGAUGGUGCUGCUCUCCAGGCAGUACGAGGGCCGCGAGGACUGCCUCUUCCUAAACGUGUACGCGCCCUACGACGCCAAGGGGCUGCCGGUGCUGGCGUGGCACCACGGCGGCGCCUUCGUGGAGGGCCACGGCGGCGCGCGCUGGGGCGGGCCCGAGUACAUCAUGGAGCAGCCGCUCGUCUUCGUCACCUUCAACUACCGCCUGGGGCCCCUGGGCUUCCUCAGCACGGGCGACAGCGCCGCGCAAGGCAAUUACGGUCUGAAGGACGCGGCAGCAGCCAUGAAGUGGGUGCGCGCGAACAUCGCGUCCUUCGGCGGCGACCCGCGCCGCGUGGCGCUGUGGGGGUACAGCGCGGGCGCGGCCUCCGUGCACCUGCUCACGCUGGCGCCGCCCGCCCGGGGCCUGUUCGACGCCGCCAUCUACGGCAGCGGCUCGGGCCUGCACCGCUGGGCGCUGUUCGCGGACCCGCUGCCCACCGCGCGCCGCCUCGCCGCGCUCGUCAACUGCUCCGACGCGCUGCCCACCACCGACCUCGUGGCCUUCCCGUCGCUGGUGGGCGACAUGCCGAUGCCGUGGGGGCCGGUGGUGGAGGGCGACCCGGCGCCGGGCGACCCGCCCUUCCUGCCCGCGCCGCCCGCGCAGCUCGUGGCCCAGGGCCGCGUGGCGCCCGUGCCCGUCGUCACGGGCAUGACGACCGACGAGGCCGUGGACGCCGCCUACCCCGUGCACACCAACGCCUACCUGGCCGACCGGCUCGACCUGCACCUCCUCGACGUGCUGCGCGAGUACGCGCCCGUGCCCAACAUCAGCGUCGAGGCGGCCGCCGAGAGUUUGGUGUCAACUCCACAUGAUAUCAAUUUUCCUCCUGCUACAAAAAGUAUCAGUGGUUUAAAAGUGUUCAUUGGUUUAAAAUAUUCUUUACAUGUUCUGAAUUCUUCGGCGCCCGUCUACUUCUACCGCUUCGCCCUGGACGGGCGCGUGAGCGAGCUGGUGCGCGCCGGGCUGGCCGGCGAGCCGCACGGCGUCAUGCACGCCGACGACCUGCUCUACGCCGUCGGCCGGCAGUACCCGCCCGCGCUCGCCCCCGCCGACUGGCCCAACGCCACGGAGGCGCUGGCCAUCCAGCGGCUGACGCGCCUGUGGUACAACGUGGCGGCGCACGGUGCUCCUGCGCCCGACGGCGCGGGCGACGCGCUGCUGGGCGCCGCGUGGGCGCCGCUGGGUGGGGCCUCCGCCAAGGACUUCCGCUUCCUCGACUUCGACGCGCAGCUGCGCCCGGUCGAGGGCCCGCCCUUCGCGGACCGCAUCGCGCUGUGGCAGCGCCUCGCGCAGUUCGAAGCCAUCGAGGACUUCGUGAUGAGGAAGCCCACGGCGCCACAUCGAUGUUCCGAUUUGGACGAGCGUUGCUCGUUCGGGCUGGAGAUAGUCAAGAACCCUCUCCGCCUCCUCCACUUCUGCAACGAAGCGAGCGAUAAUGAAAGCUGCGAG